AUUUGCAUACUCGUGAGAGUGACUGUGCGCGCCUACGGCGCGCCCCUCCACCUGAGUCCGUGACUGUCCGUCAUCCUCACCAUGCGUGGCAUGACCUUAGACCGCAUAUCACUGCGAUGACUUCGACAAGUUCACCUGCAGCUACCAAAUCUCAAGAGUUUGAGGCCAGUGUUAUUGCUGCUGCACAAGGCCUCAUAAACGUGCUAACGCAAAAUAUUCAGCAGCAUCAACCGCCCCCCACACAGCAGAAUUCAGUGCAGUUACAAGAGCAGCAAAGUCCGCAAGCACAAACGCCUAAACAAACACUUCAGGAGGAGAUGACUAGGUCCUUUCCUGGCUUCUUCUCCAAAAGAAAAGGCAAAAACCGCUUUUCUCCGUUACAAACCACUCCAGGGAAGCCUAAAGUCUGUAACGUUAACGUUAAGCCGUUCAGCAUAUAUGUAUAUUUGGUUAAUAAAGGCUGUACCAGCACCCCUUCUGCUGCGGAAGAGUUGGAGUUUAGCCAAGCAGGGUUAGGGAAGAGGUCCCUCACCUUGACAGACGAUAUGAGCCACGCAGCGAUAAACAAACUUCUCAUUGAAGAAUAUCCCAAGAUGGAGGGGGUGGAAGGAUGGCUGUUCUACAAGGCUUCAGGUGGCCACGGUAGAAGGAAACUGGCUGCAGUUCCCCCUGAUGUAGACGGUUAUACAGGAAGACUAAUUCGCACUGUUUCAGGUGCUGGGAAGACCAUUUUGUAUGUUGUGCCACUGCAGCAGGACCUUGAUCUUACUCCAUUGCCGUAUGAUGCACCUGAAUUCCAAAAAAUGCCGAAGACUGCAUGUCAAGUGUGCAAAGAAAGCAUGCCUCUGCAUAUUCUAGCAUUGCACAUCAAGGGUUGUAUAGGGUCUCAAUCUGCAACAGAUGAUGAUGAGGAGGACUGGGGUAGUGAGGUCCAGGUUCUUUCUGUCACAAAUUCACCACUUGAGCACCCUAAGAAAGAGUCCAGAGAUGAACAGGAUAGAAAGGAAUGCCCUAUAUGUUGUGGUUGCUUUCCAUCAGAUGACAUUGCUCUGCAUGCAAGCUUGUGUGGUGAAAGUCCACAGGAUACUCCUGUCUACAAUUCUGACUUCAGUCCCACUUCAGGCCCUACCAGUAGUGUCCUAUGCGAGGGAAGUGUGCCUAUGACUGAAAUAUCGAGUGAAAAUGAUAUCCUCCAGUUGCUUGCAAAUCAAGUAGAUGCAAGCAAAGAUUUUAAGAUCUGCAUCACCCGAGAUGACCUUGUCCAAAGAGGCUUCAUUCAGUGGCAAAGACAAAAGAAGGGCUCCCCUGUCAACAAACUCAAUGUGACUUUCAUUGGAGAAGCAGGAAUUGACACUGAAAUGAUGAAUGGCAUUGAGAGGCGACUGUUCGAAGGCAAUGACACAAAGGGAAAGAGUCCUGUCUACUCCAUAAGUGACCUAGAAAAUGGUUUCUACAGAACUGCAGGAGAAGUGUUCUCAGUCAGCCUCGCUCAGGGUGGCCCAGCACCAUGCUUCUUUAGAAAUUGGUGUUUCCAGUUCCUUGCAACAGGAGACUUUGACACUUUGCAGUUGACCAAAGACGAUGUGGACGAUCAGGAAUAUUCUUCAAUCAUAGAAAGGGUGGAGGCGGCAACUGAUCUGACAGAGUUGACAGAAGAAAUUGUGAGCUGUGGUUACACAGGGCUUGUGAAGGUUGGCAGGAAGGACAGUAUUAUAAGAGCCAUUGUUCUACAUGCUACAAUGCGUCUGACUCCUAUCCUUCAGCAAAUCAGAAAAGGCAUGAAGGUCUACAACCUUGUGGAGUUGAUUGGGAGGCACCCAGAUCUCUGCUCAAACCUGUUUGUCCCCAAAGAGGAUGAUGACAGCAGAUGCUGAUUACAUAAUGAGCAUCCUAGUGCCUGAGCUGAGUGAGAGGGGAAGUCCAAGGCAUCUAAGAGAAAUUGCCAUCAUAAACUUCUUCCAGGACUUUCUGCAAGACCUCGAAAUCACAGGUCAGGAUGAAGACCAGGGUGUGUGUGAGCCUUUGACCCGAGAAGCACCACAAAGUCUGAAUGAAGAAUGUCUGGAACAGCAAAUAAACUUGAGCUUGUCGGUCCCAACAGUGAUGCAGUGGUUAACUGGACAAAGGCACAAGCCCCUUCUUCCCUCAGAAAGGGCAGAUUUUAAAAUAAAUGUAAGAUUUGAACACCACUGCAAAGAACAAAUGCCUGGUCACCACAUUUGUUACCCACUUGUGAGUGCCUGCACAAAUACAAUAACUCUUCCUGUUGCACAUAUGAAUACAUACAGUGAGUUCAGAGAUAUAAUGACAGUAGCGAUCAGAAUGAGUAGAGGUUUCGGCAGAGUUUAGAAGCCAUGUUUUACUAGUCAAAGUCAGCCAGUAUUGUGCGUUUAGGCAUUUUCAAGAGAUGCCUUAACAGCAACAUGUUUGAAAAAUAUGUUCAGUGAAUGAUUCACUAUUUUGUAUAAAUAUUCAAUGGAAAAUAAGUGCCUGGUUCCUCUUUAGCAUGUUUUUUUUAAUACUGAAAUUACAAAAUGUGUAUUUUAGGACCAGUAACAGA